AUGGCAGCACGCAGGGGAGUCUCGUCUCUAAUCACAUCUUCCUGCUCAAGAAGCACUCCUUCUGCCUACCGGGCCACCCACCGCGCCUUCUCCUCGUCCCCAGCCUCCGGCGCAUUCGUGAACAGCACGCCACGCGCCUCAACAGCCUCGACGAGCACAGCAGCGAAACCUGCGUCAACGACCACAGCUACCAAGCCAGCAUCGGCUACCUCACCGUCGUACUCCUCGACCCAGCGCACAGUCACGCCCAGCUUCCCUGCGAAAGAGCCUCCUGUCCCGACCGCUCGAAAUGCCUCAGCAACUGAGGCCACGACUGGGCAGCGGUCCCUCACUGACGGCCUGUCAGAUCAGCCAGCCGAGAUCGAAGGCGUCCCAGCAAUUGACUGGACGCGCUCAUACCACGGUCUUGGUAGCGUGUCCUUCUCGCCCGAGCAGGCCGAGGUCCUCCUUGCGCCAAUCGUGCAGGAUGAUGUAGAAGUCAAGCCGGACGGUAUAAUAUACCUGCCUGAGAUCAAGUACAGGCGGAUAUUGAACAAGGCUUUCGGACCUGGAGGAUGGGGUCUCGCACCCAGGGGUGAGAGCAUUGUGACGGGGAAGAUUGUCACCAGGGAAUACGGCUUGAUUGUUCAAGGAAGGCUUGUUGCCAUUGCGCGCGGCGAGCAGCAAUAUUUCGACCCAGACGGCAUACCCACCGCCACAGAGGGCUGCAAGUCUAAUGCCUUGAUGCGCUGCUGCAAGGAUCUCGGUAUCGCGUCUGAGCUGUGGGACCCGCGCUUUAUCCGCACCUUUACCAAGGACAACACCAAGGAGAUCUGGGUUGAGCAUGUGGUGAACAAGAAGAAGAAGAAGGUUGUGAUACGCAAAGACGACGUCGUUCGCUACCCGUUCAAGGCGACACAGUAG